AUGAUUUUAGAAAUUGACCAGCCACCAGCAGCACAACCACGCGCACUUCUUCCACCUCACCACGUCAAUGUCUCCAUUACAUCCUUCCCCUACCUCCCUCAGAACUUUCAACACCGUCUCCAACAUCCUUGCGCUUCAAGCGCAGUUCCCAAAUUGUCCCACGAUCCCUCCCUCGUCCGGCAACCAGCAGUCGAAGUGUCGCUCCCCGAUCAACCCGCCUUUGACGACCUUUACGAGUACUACGACCCGGAACGAGAUCCCUUACCCCAACGCCAGCAACAAAUAACCACUCCAAUCUCGCAGAGACGUCCUCAAUCCACCCAGUCUAGCGGUGCUCGAUCGCUACGGAGAACCCCAAGACUACAAGAGCGAAGGGUGACAACACGGUCGCCUCUGCGUGCGAGAAGGUCUCAACCCCUCUCUGCAACGCCGCCAGUCCAUUUUGACGAGUCGGGCUCUACCACCCCGAGCUUUUUCCAGCAAUUGGUCUCAGACGACGUUUAUCGGCCUCGGAGGACCUUCCACAUCUCUCGACAUACCCACGACGCUAUCCUAUUCGCCUUGGAAGCCAUCAGAAGAGGUGAUGGUGUUAACGCGCAGCCAUUGACUGCUGAUCCACUCGAAGAAGAGGCUCGAAUGUCAGAUUUGGUGAGGGGCACUGCGCCCGGUACCGCUGCUGUAUCGAGCCGAUCUCAGAAUGGCGGAGCAACCCGUGCAGCCGCGGCUGCUGGCGCUGGUCCGACACCCACCGAACCCCCGCGAUAUCGUACUCCUACAGAUGUCAUGCGAGACCGACGGGCACGGGAAGCUCGUAGAGCCGAGGAGGCGGCGGCUAGGCUGCGUCAAGAGGAGGAAGCUAGAAGAUUGCAAGAAGAACAAGUUGUUGGCGUUGGGGAGGAUACCGCACGGAGAACGUCUGCCAGGUCCGGUGCUCAGCCUCCUCAAACCUACAACAUAGGUGGAGGUGUCCCUCAGCCUGCCGGCUCCACGACACGGCGGCAAGAGAACAUACAACCCGCUCAAGCCACUUCCUCCAGGACGACUGGGAGGGCUCCCGAGCCUACUGCAAGAGAACCCAGGGUCUCUGCAGCCACGCAGCGAAAUCGGACAGAAGCCUAUGAACAGCUUAACAUUCCUGCAACGGCGAGACCGGCCGAACAGGUGCCACGACCUGCUCAACAGCCGCAAGCGCAACCCAGAGCCCAAGCUGUUCCCCAAUUUAGCUCGCAGACUGGUCAACCGCCUCCCGCUCAAGGCGCUGGUACGGCGGGACGAAGCCGUUUUCCGAAUGCAUUUGAGCGAUGGGAAGAUCUAUCUGCCCGUUGGGAGGGUAUUGUGUCAUCUUUCAUCCAUCGCAUGGAAAAUAAUGCCGAUGAAUUGGCCGGGAAGCCCCUUGAUCGGCAAAUGGCACGACAGAUUGAUGACUUGUCUCGGGCAGGUGCAAACCUGUUCCACGCUGUGGUCGAACUGCAACGCCUUCGGGCAUCGUCCGAGCGGAAAUUUCAGCGCUGGUUCUUUGAAACCCGGCAUGAGCAGGAACAAGCUCAAGAAAGGCAGGCCGAGCUUGAGCGUCAACUGCGCGCCGAGAAAGAAGCUCGAACGCUCAGUUCCACCUCGAUCGAACAGGAGCGUGCAGAAAGGAUCAGAGCAGAGGAGCUUGUAAAGGAGAUGCGCCGCGAACUCCAAAUCAGCAAGGAAGAAGCUCGCCGUGCUUGGGAAGAACUGGGCCGGAGGGAGCAGGAGGAACGGGAAAGAACCAUUGCGCUAAGGAGCGGAGAGCCCACCCUUAUUGGGGGUGUCCAGGUUGUACCGAUGCAAGGUCUGCCGAGUAGGCAGGUGAGCGCGGCUCAACGUCCACAAACUAGAGAUGGACCGACAGGUGCAGCAGGGCCAACAGCCAUGUCCGGACAACAGACGCAACAACGACCUCACUCUCGUCAAACAACAACAACAUCUCUCGAUUCGCCUGGCGAGGAAAGCCGGCAGUUCACAUAUCGUCCCGACACGGGCAACUCCUCAACCAUGACGGACCCGUUCACAGAAUCAUCUCGGCAGCGCGAACAACAAACCCAACUGCGUCGUGAGCCAGAUACACAAUUCUACACUACCCCUCCCCGCCCUACACAGCCUGCAACAAGUGAUGCUGCGAUUGCUGCAGCACGAGCAGCAGCAGCCGGAGCGCAAUCUCCUGGACGGACACCUGGCGAAUCGAGGUACUACCCGACUGCAACUAGCGAUGCUCAAAUGUCUGGUGCUCUGCCUGCGCCAAUUCGUCAGGGUACUGGAGGGACAGAGCAGUCAUACAUGCCCUCCAACGCAUCACUAGCACCAUCCGAGGAAGAAUACCAUAUCAAUCCCGAUGGCAGCUACACCCGAGACUCGCAAGGCCGCCGCAUCCCUUAUCGCCAACCACUUGGAGCGGGGACAUCGGCUUUGGCCGGAGAAAUUAGCGAUGACGAAGGUGAAAUACCAGAAGAAACCUCAGAGGAUGACGACGAUCAUACCGCCGACGUGGAGCGUGAGAGGCUUUACGCUACACAGUAUCGCCAACCGCAGUCUUCACAACAACCGCCGACAACAGCCGGUGGUAUCCCACGUACAACGACCGGUGCCCUCCCACCCAUUCCGCAAGGUCAAACAUUGGACCCUCCGUCGUCAGCCUACGAGGGACAAGGCUACGAUCCUGCUGUUCCACCCGCAGUCACUCAAGCCAUGACAGGCUGGGAGAGCUUGCAAACCCGUAGCCACCACCAUCCGACCAGGCUGAGCGACAUCAUUGAGGAGCAGACUGCGAGGACGAGUCCCAGUCGGACAAGCUACGUUAGUGGCUCAGGUGUUCUACCCGGCGACCAGGGGACUGGCACUGGACCCGCACGAACAGGGGCAGGGAACGGCGGCGGAAAUUCCUCCGCCCGGCGGUGA